CCCCAACAACCAAUCUUGACUUACAAUGCCUGAGCCUACGAAGCCUGCGCCCAAGAAGGGCUCUAAGAAGGCCGUCACCAAAGGUGCUGGCAAGCCUGGUACCAAGAAGAGAAGGAAGGGAAGGAAGGAGAGCUAUGCCAUCUACGUGUAUAAGGUCUUGAAGCAGGUCCACCCCGACACCGGCAUCUCCUCCAAAGCCAUGAGCAUCAUGAACUCGUUCGUCAACGACAUCUUCGAGCGUAUCGCCUCCGAGGCCUCCCGCCUGGCGCACUACAACAAGCGCUCCACCAUCUCUUCCAGGGAGAUUCAGACUGCUGUGCGCCUCCUGCUCCCGGGUGAGCUGGCCAAGCACGCCGUGUCCGAGGGCACCAAGGCCGUUACCAAGUACACCAGCUCCAAGUAAACUCGAAGCGGCAAAGCUUCAAACCAACGGUUCUUUUAAGAGCCACCCACAUUUCUCCCAAAGAGUAACUUCUACAACUUAAACCAAACUUGAGCUGUAAAAUAUACAAAGUCGACUGAAACAAUUCGACCUAUAAAAUGCAAUGCCAAAUUUCUAA